AUGGCCGCCGCCAAUGGCACCGCCAAUGGCACCGCGAACGGUGGUGCCUCCUCGAGCCCUACGCGAAUCCCAAUCCUGGGCAACGAGGACAUCAUAAUCAACUACGGCCUGCUCAACAGCUUUGUCGCGCACGACCUCCUCGAGAACACCCCCUCGGCUACCUACGUCCUCAUCACCGACACGAAUCUCUUCCCUCUCUAUGUGCCCUCCUUCCAGAAGACCUUCGCCGCUGCCGUUGCCUCCAAGAAUGCCGGCAAUGUGCGCCUCCUCACCUACGCGAUCCCCCCGGGCGAGAGCUCCAAGGGCAGGGAGACAAAGGCCGAGAUUGAGGACUGGAUGCUGUCACAAAAGUGCACCAGGGACAUUGUGGUUAUUGCCCUGGGCGGAGGCGUCAUUGGCGACAUGAUUGGAUAUGUCGCCGCUACUUUCAUGCGCGGCGUCAAGUUUGUCCAGGUCCCCACCACUCUCCUGGCCAUGGUAGACUCGUCCAUCGGUGGCAAGACUGCCAUUGACACGCCCCUGGGCAAGAAUCUGAUCGGCGCCUUCUGGCAGCCCAGCCGCGUCUACAUUGACCUGGCCUUCCUUGAGACGCUGCCCGUUCGGGAGUUCAUAAACGGCAUGGCUGAAGUCGUCAAGACGGCUGCCAUCUGGGAUGAGACCGAGUUCACCGCCCUUGAGGAGAACGCGCCUACCAUUCUUGCGGCCGUCAAAUCAAAGGCAGACAACCGAUUGGCUCCCAUCCGCCACAUCCUCAAGAGGAUCGUGCUCGGGUCCGCCCGCACCAAGGCCGAGGUCGUCUCCGCCGAUGAGAGGGAGGGUGGCCUGCGGAACAUCCUCAACUUUGGACACUCCAUUGGCCAUGCCUACGAGGCCAUUCUCACACCCCAGGUGCUCCACGGCGAGGCUGUCGCCAUCGGCAUGGUCAAGGAGGCAGAGCUUGCCCGCUUCCUCGGCGUCCUGCGCCCCGCCGCCGUUGCUCGUCUCGUCAAAUGUAUUGCGAGCUACGAGCUGCCGACCUCGCUGAAGGACGCCCGCAUCGUCCGACUGUCGGCCGGGAAGAAAUGCCCUGUGGAUGUGUUGCUGGACAAGAUGGCCGUCGACAAGAAGAACCACGGCACCAACAAGAAGAUCGUUCUCUUGUCCGAAAUCGGAAAAUGCUACGAGCCAAAGGCAAGUGUGGUUGACGACCGUAAUAUCCGCGUCGUCCUGACACCUGCCAUCCGUGUCACGCCUGGUGUCCCUAAGGACCUGAAAAUCAAUGUGACCCCUCCCGGUUCCAAGAGCAUCUCCAACCGGGCUCUCGUAUUGGCUGCCUUGGGCGAAGGAGAGGUGCGCAUCAAGAACCUCCUACGCUCGGACGAUGUGGAGUACAUGCUAUCUGCGGUUUCGGGUCUGAAUGGGGCUACCUACUCCUGGGAGGACGGCGGCGAGAUCCUCGUCGUGAAAGGCAAGGGCGGAAAGCUUGAGGCGAGCCAGGAGCCUCUCUACCUUGGCAACGCAGGAACCGCGUCGCGCUUCUUGACGAGCGUGGUUUCUUUGGCCUCGCCAUCGUCCGUUUCUUCAACGGUCUUGACUGGCAAUGCGCGAAUGCAACAAAGACCUAUCGGACCACUGGUCGACUCUAUGCGUGCCAAUGGAGUUGAGGUCAAGUAUCUCAACCGGGAAGGCAGCUUGCCUGUCCAGGUCGAUGCUGCCGGCGGCUUCGAGGGUGGUGUGAUUGAGCUUGCAGCCACCGUCUCCUCUCAAUACGUCUCGUCGCUACUGAUGACUGCACCGUACGCCAAGAACCCAGUCACCUUGAAGCUCGUAGGAGGCAAGCCCAUUUCACAGCCAUACAUUGACAUGACCAUCUCCAUGAUGAGUGCAUUUGGCGUACAAGUCGAGCGAUCAGCCAAGGAAGAAAACACGUACCACAUCCCGAAGGGUACCUACCAGAACCCGGCAGAGUAUGAGAUCGAGAGCGAUGCAAGUUCGGCUACUUACCCGUUGGCUAUCGCGGCUACAACUGGCACUACUUGCACAGUUCCAAACAUUGGGUCGAAAUCGCUGCAAGGCGACUCACGAUUCGCCGUAGAUGUGCUCCAGGCAAUGGGCGCCACCGUGAAGCAGACAGACUACACGACGACGGUGACCGGCCCGCAAAUCGGGCAACUGAAGGCCAUCCCACACGUCGACAUGGAGCCCAUGACCGAUGCUUUCUUGACUGCCUCUGUGCUGGCUGCUGUUGCCGAUGGUACAACCAGGAUCACUGGGAUUGCCAACCAGAGGGUCAAGGAGUGCAAUCGCAUUGCUGCAAUGAAGGACCAGCUCGCCAAGUUCGGAGUGCAAUGCAAUGAGCUCGAUGACGGCAUCGAGGUCAUCGGCCGGCCGUACCAAAGCCUGAAGGAGCCAGUUGACGGCAUCUACUGUUAUGAUGACCACCGUGUGGCGAUGAGUUUCAGUGUGCUCUCUGUGGUCACACCAAAGCCUGUCCUCAUACUGGAGCGUGAAUGCACAGGAAAGACCUGGCCGGGCUGGUGGGAUGUCCUGUCCGAGUCUUUCAAAGCCACUCUGGAUGGCGAAGAGCCAGCGUCAGAGCACGCGCACCACGGCCAAGCACCCAAGCCCCAGUCAGAUCGGUCCAUCUUCUUGAUCGGUAUGAGAGGUGCGGGAAAGACAACUGCAGGAGGCUGGCUGGCGAAAACCUUGCGUAGGAAGUUCAUCGACCUCGACGAGGAGUUGGAGCGGAGGGUGGGCCAAACAAUCCCAGAGAUGAUCCGUGGUGAUCUCGGCUGGGAGGGUUUCCGAAAGGCAGAACUGGAUCUCCUUCAGGACAUGAUGACGAACCGCGCUCAUGGCCACGUCUUCUCCUGUGGCGGUGGAAUUGUCGAGGCCCCUGAAGCCAGGCAGAUGUUGAUUUCCCACAAGGGGAAUGGUGGAUACGUACUUCAGGUGCAUCGCGACACGGACCAAGUGAUUGACUACUUGCUCAUAGACAAGUCGCGACCGGCCUACACAGAGCAGAUUCGCGAGGUCUAUGAGCGUCGCAAACCUUGGUUCGAGGAGUGCAGCAAUUUCAAGUAUCACAGUCCUCAUCCAGCCGGCUCCUCAGCUGUCCGGGAGGCACCAGUGGACUUUAGGAGCUUCAUUGCUGUUAUGUGCGGCCACAGCGACCACUUCGAAAAGGUGAAGAGCAAGAGGCACUCAUUCUUCGUCUCGCUUACUGUGCCUGACGUGUCGGGUUCCUUGGAGCUGAUACCUCGGGUGGUUGCGGGAUCAGACGCCGUCGAACUGCGGGUCGAUCUGCUGAAGGACUACUCGGCUGAGUUUGUCGGUAUCCAGGUGGCUAUCUUGCGGGCCACUGCCAAGAUACCAAUCGUCUUCACGGUUCGAACCCAAAGUCAGGGCGGCAAAUUCCCGGACAACGAUUUUGAAGGCGCUGCAGCUCUCUACAAUGUCGCUUUACGCAUGGGAUGUGAGUACAUUGAUGUCGAGCUGACAUGGCCGGAAGAUGUUAUCCAAGGUGUGGUGAGUGCAAAGGGCUCCUCUCGCAUCAUUGCCUCACAUCACGACCCCCAGGGCACUUUGUCUUGGAAAAAUGGAUCGUGGAUACAGUUCUACAAUAGAGCGCUCCAGUUUGGUGACAUUAUCAAGCUGGUCGGCGUGGCACGGAGUCAGGACGACAACUUUGCCUUGGCGAGCUUCAAGCAACGAAUGCUUGCGGCUCACGAGACGCCAAUUAUCGCCAUCAACAUGGGACCUGUUGGCAAGCUUAGCCGCAUCCUCAACGGCUUCCUAACGCCGGUCUCACAUCCCGCGCUUCCGUUCAAGGCCGCGCCAGGCCAGCUGUCUGCUGCUGAGAUCCGCCAGGCUCUGACGCUGAUUGGGGAGCUGGAUGAGCGUCAGUUCUACCUCUUCGGCAAGCCCAUUGACCAGUCAAGGUCUCCAGCCCUUCACAACACCCUUUUCAAGGCCAACGGCCUACCGCACGUCUACUCUCGGUUCGAAACCGACCAUGCGCCGGAUGUGAAGGAGCUGGUGAGAUCCCCCAACUUUGGUGGCGCCUCGGUGACGAGGCCCCUGAAGCUCGACAUCAUCGAGGUUAUCGACAAGUUGUCGGACGCAGCCAAGACUAUUGGCGCCGUUAACACCGUCAUACCCGUACCAUCUGAAGACGGUAGCCAGCAGACUCUGCUCGGCGACAACACCGACUGGAUGGGCAUGGUGUUCGCACUCCGCGAGGCCGGCGUCGUGGGAAACAUCCGCACGUCCUCCGCAGGGGGGCCUGGAGUGGUGAUCGGGAGCGGCGGGACCACGCGCGCGUCCAUCUACGCGCUGCACUCACUCGGCUACUCGCCCAUCUACGUCGUUGCUCGCAACUCAGCCAGCGUCACCAAGCUGGCCGAGAUGUUCCCAGCUGAGUACCACGUGCAGCACCUCUCGAGCGCGGACGAGAAGGACUUUGCCGGCCCACUUCCGCGAGUGGUUGUCAGCACCAUCCCCGCAGACCUGCCGAUGGAGGGAGGGAUGAGCGACAUCGUCUCGAAGGUGCUGAACCUCCCUGACCACGAGGCGAGUGGGAGGAAUGUACCGAAGAGGACGCUGCUGGAGAUGGCCUACAAGCCGCGGCGCACGGACGUCAUGGCGUUGGCGGAGGAAGCAGGCUGGCAGACGAUUCCCGGGCUGGAAGUCCUCGCUUCCCAGGGGUGGUUCCAGUUUCAACUCUGGACGGGGAUCUCACCCUUGUACACAGAUGCGAGGGAGGCGGUCAUGGCUGACGAAGAGGCAGCUUCCAACGGUACCGCGUGA